AUGCUCUGGCUGGGCAUCCUCGGGGCCAUCAUGGUGGUCGUGGUCAAUGUCGACAUCGUCCUGACGGUUCUAUCCAACACCCGGCCCGCAGUGGUGGGCUAUCUACUGUUGCUACUUUGGUCCUCAUUGUCGCGCGUGUGGAUGGCCUCCAGGCUGCCCGACCUCUUUGGCCGACGCGGGCUGUCCGUCAUUGCGCCCUUCCUAUUGAUGUUGAUUCUGAUUGUCUGGUCGGCCCUGCUCUGGCUCAGCUGGACCUUCGUUUUCUUCUCCCUCGACAAUGUGGUUCGAAACAGCAGCACCGGCGACCCGGUCAGCAUCAUCACCACCGCCUACUAUGUGGGCUACGUCUUCACCACAGUCGGCCUCGGUGAUGUCCAGGUGGAUACCGACGGAUUCCGGGUGCUGACGGUCAUCGUGGCCUUCAAUGGGAUCCUCUUCUCCUCCCUGGCCGUCUCCUACACCCGUAGCGCGCUGGACGCCUUCCACAGUUGCGCCAAUCUGGCCACGCGCAUCGCGGUCGUCGGCAAGUGGCCACUGGACAUUCUGGAUCUUUAUUGGGACGGGGGUCGCUGGGACCGCGUCGGGCUCAACGAACUAACCCAGGCCGUGGCCUACGAUGCCGCUGCUCUGGCCCCCUAUGUCAAGUCCAGCCUCUUCUCCUUUGGCCUCUUUUCCUACCACAAGUCCCGCAGUGCCCUGGCCAUGAUCGCCGUCUUCCACGAGGCGGUCGUCCUCCUGGAGAAUGUCAUCGACAUCGAGGACAGCGCCGAGGCCGCCAUGUCCGAGUUUCUCAUGAACCAAACGGGCAUGCCCAUCGCCGUGGCCCGGACUCUGGCAUGGUCCGGGGCAUUCCCCCUGAUGGGGGCCAGCAUCCCGCCGCGCUUGCGCGGCUCCCCGGGCUUCCGAGCCAGUGGCCCAUACCCCGAGCAACAGCCCCCUUCAGGAUCGAGCUACCCCGGCGGGCUGCCCUCCUCAGGGUCAGGCUAUGUUGUUGGCCACCAGCCGGUUCCGGGACAGCCGGGCCACGUCGCGGCACCGGGCCACUACAGCUAUCCCACCCCGAUGCCGGGGUAUCCUGCGCCGCCAGCGCCCCUGGCAUCCGGCUAUGGUGGCCACAUUGAUCCCAGUCCAUCGGGACUUGUUGGCCCAAGCACCUCCAGUCUCUCUAUUCGCCCACCACCUCCAGGAUACGGGGCACCGCCGCAGGAGUAUGGCCACUCCCAGCAGCCGCCCUCGCGGCCGGAGGAUAGCGUCCCCUGGGAUACCUCCCACCAGUGGACCAGCCCCGGAGGCCAUGACGACCUGGCUGGGAGCCGCCUUCCGCCCCAUCCACGCCACGAAGGGCCCCCUGGUGGAAUGCCACAUCCUCAACACCAGCCAUACCACCCCAGAGGACACGAAUCUCCGGCCGUCCAUUCGCCGGACCCCCGGUUUGCCGGGCACACACGUCCCCUCUAUCCGGACUUGGCGACUGGCAGCGGCGACCGGUGGUACCCGGCCCCACCGCCGCCACUGCCCGGCGCACACGCCGGCUCCUAUGCGCCACCACCGGUCGGACCUCCGGGCAUGCCGAAUCAGAAGCCGGACAAUGCCACAGCCGACCCGCGAUACCGCCGGCCCACACGACUGCCAGUCAGUCGUGCCAAUCUGGUUCGCCUGUACCGGGCCCUGGACAUGCUGCUCGACACCAUGAUUGACGGGCACUUUGUUCGAUAUUCCCCCGAGAAGCCACCAAUGCCAACCGUGGACUUGGAGCUCCUCCGUGCUCGUGGCUUCCGCCUGCUGGACAGCGCAUACAUCGAGGCCAGCAUGUCCCGUGGACAUGUUCAUCGGCGACGGCAAAUCCUCAUGCGGUCUUUGCACAUCGGGGGCUGGCGCUGGCGGACCAGUGUCUUGGGCAAUCCAGCUGAUGUCUAG